AUGUCUUUUCUUUUAAAACAUCGUUUAUUAUUAAAUAAUAUAAUUCAUCGUUACUUAUCAUCAAAUAGACCAACUCUUUAUGAAACAUUGAAAGUUAUUGAGACGUCUCCAGAUGUUUUCAUUCAACCUGCUGAAACACUGUUUGUCUUUCCAAAUCGAAAAAGUGUAUUUGGUGGUCAAAUAAUCGGUUCAGCUAUUUAUGCAGCACAACAAACACUUACAAAAAAUUAUCCAUUACAUAGUCUUCAUUCAUAUUUUCUAACAGCAGCUGAUAAUUCUUCUGCUAUUUCAUAUACCAUUUCUCGAUUACGUGAUGGUAAAUCAUUUGAAACACGAAGUGUAACAGCCAGACAAGAUGAUAGAAUAGUAUUUGAAUGUUCAAUGAAUUUUCAUCGAAAAGAACGAGGAAAUAUGGAACAUCAAUUACCUAUGCCUCAUAUUGAUGUACCGCCACCUGAAGAACUUAUUUCAUUGCAAGAUCAUAUUCGAAAACUUCUUGAUGAUAAACGUUUACAACCUGAACUUAAACCAUUCAUUGAUCGUGCAUUACAAAUGCCUGCACGUAUUGAUGUACGAUAUUGUCAUCAACGUGAUUUAUUACAACCAAAACCAGUAUGGCCUGCACGAGAAUUUGUAUGGAUAAAAGCUAAGGAUCUUUUACCUGAUGAUUCUCAUAUACAUCGAGCAGCUGUUGCAUAUUGUAGUGAUCGAGUUUUAUUAGUUAGUGCUUUUCUUCCAUAUGCAAUAAAUGGUUUUCAUCCUCUAGUUAAAAUGCAAGCGUCACUUGAUCAUUCAAUGUGGUUUCAUGAUGAUUUUAAUUUUGAUACAAUCGAUGAAAAUAAAUUAUCCGAAGAAAAUCAAUCAAUAAAACCAGUUCCACGCAGUUUAGAUAUACCACCAAUUCCACCAAAAGUACGUGUACGUGCUGAUGAUUGGUUAUUGUAUGAAAUAGAAUGUCCAAUUCAUAUGAAUAAUCGUGCAUGGACUAUGGGUCGAAUAUGGACAAGAAAUGGACGACUUAUUGUAACAUGUGCUCAGGAAGGUGUUAUUCGAUGUCAAUGA